GUCUCGAUCUCUGCGAGUUCCCUCGGUGCCAGCCAAAGGAUCGGUCCGGUCUCUGCCAAAAGACAGCCAUGAGCAGCCUAUCGCGGGCCGAGUUUGAGGAGCAGACGGCCACAUUUCUGCAGCGAGCCAGGCAGCACCAGGAAACCUGGAUGUGGGUUUCGACGGCGCCGCUCCCGGCCGGCUCGGAGCGGACGAUUGAUGCUCGCACCGGAUACCUGGCGAAGCAGACGAUGGUGAUCUCCCGGCUCGACGGCGUCCCGAAGCCUGCUGCCUGCAGCGAUAGCGAACUGCCGGCGGAUCUCGAGGACCUCAACGAGGGAGAUCUCGACGAGGGCGACCCUGCCCAGCGGGAUCCCGCCGAUGCGCCCGGCGCGAUAUUGGCGACCGUCGAUCUUCAUGUUGUCUAUCUGCCGUCGUGGGGCUGUCCGGUGCUGUUCUUCAACGCAUACGAUGCCUCGGGGCAGGUGCUGGACUGGGCCGCCCUCCGAACGCUGACGAGGAACCAAACACCGGCGACGAUAUCACAACAGGAGCAUCCGCUGCUGCACAUUCCUUUCUACUACAUCCAUCCAUGCAACACAGCCGAGUUCAUGAGGGAGCGGCUGGAGAACGGCUGUCCGGUGGGCGAUGCGUACAUGCUGAUAUGGCUCGGCGCCAUGACGUCGCUCGUUGUUCCGGGACUGGUGCCGCGAGCGAUGUUUGAGACUGCGGCGGGGCCGCGGGCCAUUGAGCAUGAUGCCGAAGUUUCAAAGCAGCCGUGAUGCCGCCGCUGGAUGUCGAUGUUGGUGUUGGUGUUGGUGUCGGUGUCGGUGUCGGUGUC